AUGUCAUCUGCAACACUUCAACAAAGAUCGCAGGGGAAACAAAGAGCGGAGGAUGACCCAUUAGCAAAGUUAGACGAAGAUGAAUCAGCCGAACCACUUGAUGAACAAGAGCAAGAACAAGUGAUCCAAUCACUCAGGGAAGCCAAUGAAAAGUCAAAUUAUACUUUUCGAGCUUUGAUGCUUGUGAUGUUGGGAUUAGUGGGUGUAUUGUACCUUACGCCUAUUCCCGAUUAUAUUACUGGAGAUCAUCCCGAGAGUCAUUUGACUAUGCUUUUCCAUCCUUACCAUAUUCAUGAAGCAUCUCAUGAUGAUUUGAUCCGAUUCCCAGCAUUCCCAAUCUACCUUGUCUUGCUCUUCUUACAAGGUGGAUUGCUGUUCGGUGGUCUUUACGAAACUAUGGAUCGUAUGGGCAUGAUUCGUUCAAAAGGUCUUGCAUUCCCACAACAGCCCCAUCAGUUUGGCACAGCACCUUCGAUCUUGGCACCCGUCUUGGCCGAUAUUCGUUGGCAUCCUACACAUUCUGGCAUUCGGGCUGAUAAAGAUGAUAGACCACCACCGGUCUGGACAACAAUGUCUCCUCGUUUGCUUUACUUGUGUUUACUCACAAUCGCAAGUACGCCUUUACCACUUAUGACGUUUGGCGCGGGAAACUUUGUCAAUGCUGGUUGGUGGGCUAUCACGACGAUUGCACUGACCGUUCUUUGCAUUUGUGAAGGAUUGAUUGACAAAUUUGAAAGGGAAUCAAUCGGUCUCAAUGGUAUGAAGUAUGCAUACAAAGGGGCAUGAGUUUUGUACAGCUCAUAGCCUCACCCACCUUCUUUCUCCUCCUCUUCCUCUUCCUCAUCAUCAUCAUACAUGUACGAUAUAGCAUGCCCCACAUAUCACAGCCCCUCUAAUGUUCAUAAUUUAAGACGUCUUUUUUACCGUUAAGACCAGUAUGUUAUCGCCAAGACAGCAUCGCAUUG